AUGCUCGACAGUGGCGAGUACGAAAAGUGGACAGCCAUGGAACCCAUAUACGUGUACCGUGAAAUUCGUGUGCCCGCCGUUAGUAACGAGACGUUCUGUCUUUAUAAGACUGUGGAGCAAUUAAUUCCCGAGGAUUACAUGAUAGCCUUGGCUCCACUGGUAUUAUGGAUGGCCGUGGUGAUCUAUGGCACAUUCAAUCCCACCUCUGUGCUUUCUUCUCUGAGUCUUCGCACUUCCUUCAAAGAAUUAACAAUGGAACGUCAUUCACAGCUAGAUGUUUUGGACGUAUUUCGAGUCAUAGCGAUAUUCUGGGUGAUGAUCAAUCAC